GGAAGCCUUUGAUCUCGAUUUGGUUCUGAUCGGAGAAGUGACCGCGAUUGGGGCAACCGAAUCGAUUUCAUACGGAGUAUUUAUAUUUCUUCACCCUCGAUUGACAGUCUCCGCCGCAACCGAAUCGAGGUCUAUACCCGUCUUCAAAGGAAGCAAAGCUAAUCGAGCUUCGAGGAAUCUUGCCGAUUUUCAAUCCCCCCCCUCCCGAAGAAGAUGAAUGUGAGGGAUCUUGCUGACUUUCUUUAAAAUUUGCUUAAUUUAAGUAAUAAAAUAUUUUGAAAGUGUAAAGGUGAGAAGAUGUGAAAAAAUGAGUUGCUAAAUCACUAUUUGGAAACUAAAAUGGCAUAUAGCUUCCCAAAAUUUAACUUUCUUCUACCUUGGAGAGGAGAGGCUCGAAGUAGAAGAAUUGAUCCAGUGGAGUCAUUUUUUCAUCUCCUCCGCGACACAAAUGGAAACCAAAGGACCCUAUUACUGGGGGGACGUCCGAGAGGAAGACUACUAUUCCCGCCAAGCCAUCAAUUCGACCAACUCUUUCUUCCUCUCCCCAAGGGGCCUAACCCUAUUCACCAGAUCAUGGCUGCCCCAAACAAACCCGCCUCGUGGCAUCAUCUUCAUGGUCCACGGGUACGGCAAUGACAUCAGCUGGACAUUCCAAGCGACCCCAAUCUUCCUGGCGCAGAAUGGGUACGCUUGCUUUGCCCUUGAUCUGGAAGGCCAUGGCCUGUCCCAAGGGCUAAAGGCCUACGUGCCCAAUCUUGAUCUUGUCCUACAAGACUGCGUCUCGUUCUUCGAUUCAGUCCUGUCCCAAAACCCUAAAUUCCAGAGCUUGCCCAGAUUCCUGUUUGGGGAGUCCAUGGGAGGGGCAAUCUGUCUCUUGAUCCACCUCAAGAAUCCUGACCGGUUCAGCGAUGGCGCCAUCUUAGUGGCCCCCAUGUGUAAAAUCUCCGAAAAGGUUAGACCUUUUUGGCCCCUGCCUCAAAUCUUGACUGCCCUUUCAAGAAUUGCACCCACACUGCCUGUUGUGCCCACUGCAGACUUGCUAGACAAGUCUGUGAAGGUCCCGGAGAAGAAGAUCAUCGCUGGGAUGAAUCCCAACAGGUACAGAGGGAGACCGAGAUUAGGGACAGUGCUGGAGCUGUUGAGGGCGACAGAGUGUCUGGCCAGCAAAAUAAGGGAUGUUGAGUUUCCAUUUAUAGUGUUACAUGGGAGUGCAGAUGUGGUUACAGACCCAGAUGUGAGCAGGGAAUUGUAUGAGAUGGCAAGAAGCAAAGACAAAAGCAUCAAGAUCUAUGAGGGAAUGAUGCAUUCCUUGUUGUUCGGAGAGACUGAUGAAAAUGUUGCCAUUGUCCGAAACGACAUCUUGAAUUGGCUGUCCCAAAGAGAUGCCAGAAACAAAGUUCUUCUGUAGAUUAUCAUUGUUACGUUGUCCCAAUUUGUUUCGUGGUAUAAUUUUGUAUCAAAAUUUGUUUCAUCACUUGAUGCUCUUAUCAUCCUCUUGUGGCAUGCAAGCUUGUUUUUGUAAGCACUCAUCAUCAUCAUUAUUAUUACUCUGGAAAAAUGCAAUUCAUAUAAAAAUAACUUAUAGCAACUGCCAAAACUUUGUGAGAGGGUCAUACAUUGCCUUAAUAUUGAGGCCUCCCAAGAAAAUAGAUACAAAAGG